AUGGUCAAAAUGAAUGAAUAUGAGAGAAAACGUCAAGAAAACAUCGAGACUAAUCAGAAAAUAUUACGUGAAAUGGGUCUUGAGAGACCACUAUCGUUUUCUUUGCAAAAACCACCUCCAACACCAAAAAAACAACCUCCUACUCAAAAAACUAAUAAAAGAAAACGCUAUGCAGGAGUUGAAAAAAAUAGAAUCUUGAGGUCUUUAAGAACAAGAACAAUCACUAUUGAAAAUUUAGGGUCAGCAGGUGGUCCAAGAAGAUCCAAAAGAUUGGCAAAUAAGCCAACAAAAUCUUUUACGGAUGAAUGUUCCGAUGAAGAUAGUAAUGAUGAAUAUAGUAAUGAAGAAGAUAGUGAUGAUUAUGAAGCAAGACCUAGAAAAAUUUAUCGUCCAAAACCUCCAUUAAAUCCAAAUUGGCGUGAAACACGACCUGAUCCAAAACAAUUCGGUGAAAUUCCUAACGUUCCAGUCGGUACUUGGUGGUUCACUCGUAUGGAAUGUUGUCAUGCAGGAGUCCAUGGACCGCCUGUUGCUGGUAUUGCUUAUUAUAGUGAAGGGGCAACAAGUGUUGCAUUGUCUGGCGUGAGUGAAGCUUUUACUUAUACCGGAUCUGGUGGUAGAGACUUGAGAGGAACCGCAGAUAAUCCUAAAAAUUUAAGAACCGCUCCUCAGUCAAAAGAUCAAACUUUAACUUGUGGAAACCUUGCUUUGAAAAUUUCGUUUGAAACUAAAAAACCAAUUAGGGUCAUUAGAGUUGAAAGAUGGUGGGAAGAAGUAGGAGUGUCUGGUUUCAAGGUUUACAAGUAUGCUUUCAAAAGAUUACCAGGUCAAAAACCAUUAACAAUUAAAUAA